AUUAUAAGAGGGAACGGAAAAUGGACAGAGACGAGAAGGUUAUAUAUAUAUGUGCAUGUUCAUAGCUCCCCACAUAUCAACAUGACUUUCGAAGCUCCAAGAAUGUCGUUGCUGAUAAUCUUCAUGAUGGCUUUCAGUUUUCAACUGUCCAGUACUACUGCUCUAGUAGCUGCAAUUAAGGAUGACAACGCGACUUUGACACACAAGGCGCCACUUGAUGAUGCUGAGAAUUACUACAACGCUCCUCCGAUUCCACAAAUCUAUGCAGCUGGUUUGCUUCGCAAGAGUCCAAACCCACCAGAGGAAGCUCCUGGUCCCGAGGAGACUCGUCAUCGACACCACCAUCGUCGUCAUCGCGGUCGGGACGAUGACAAUGCACCUGCAGAGGCGGCUCCUGGUCCGGAGAAAACUCAUCACGGACACCGCCACCAGAAUAACGGUGAAGGUCAUCGCCAUAACCAUCGUCAUGGUCAAGGUCGUAAGCAUCAUGGUAAACAUGGUUCUCACCAUGAUCAAGAAGGCCAUGGCCACCCUCCAAAGAUGGCACCAGGUCCUGAUGUGGAUACUCAGAACUCUGGCUUAUAAAACACUGUUGCAUCCUCCUCCUUAUCUAUAUAUUACUGGUGGUGAACUAUAUUAAAUAAAGCUCGUAAGUAAGCUAUAUGAUCAAUAAACUAUGAUACUACUCCUUGUGCUUUACAGUUUACUCUCUCUUAAUUUGGAUCAGCUUGAUAUUAUUCCUUGAGCCGGACCCAAGUCGGGAGGAGGUGUAUGAGAAAUCAAUGUUUUGUUCAAAAAAUAUAUCAACGUAGAUAUCAUUUUGAAGAGCACCACUUAUCUUAUUACCUGUCCAAAUAUUUUUAAAUUACGACCUAACACGAAAGAAAUAUAGCUUGUUAAAAUUU